AUGGCGCCGGCUGGCCCGUCGGCAAAGCGGAAAGCCGCAGACAAGCCCAUCUCCCCGCCUCCGGUCAAGCGUGCAUUACAGAGCAACACGACGAAAAGUGCCGUCGCCAACUUCUUCACCCCGGCGUCGCAGAAACCCAAGGACCGCACGGCUUGGUCGCAACGGGGACCGAGUGAUGACGUGCCAGCAACCUUACUUGUCGGCACCUUCGUACCGGAAAAGCACGACCCCAGCGCACCUGCGCGACGGAAAAUUGCAGCCUUCGACCUCGACUCGACGCUCAUUACCACAUCGUCCGGCAAGAAACAUGCCAGCGAAGCAACAGAUUGGAAAUGGUGGGACAGCGCCGUGCCCGGACGGCUGCGAGAGCUGUACAACGAUCAAGGCUAUCAAGUCGUGAUACUUUCCAACCAGGCCGGUCUGACGCUACAAUUCGAACCCGGAUUCAAAGGGCCCAAGGCAUCGGCGCAGAAGCGCGUCAGCGACUUCAAGCAAAAAUGCAGUGCCAUCCUGAACAGCUUGAACCUUCCGACCAGCGUCUACGCGGCCACGGGGCGAGACAUAUACAGGAAGCCUAGGACAGGGAUGUGGAAGGAAGUGUGCGAGGACUACGAUAUCCCAGAAGGCGAGGUUGAUCUUAAGAACAGCUUCUUCGUCGGCGAUGCCGGUGGCCGCAUCGCUGGGCUUACCGGCGGCAGCGGUAGCGUGGCCGCAACAGCCAAGGACUUUAGCUGCUCGGACAGGAACUUUGCGCACAACAUCGGCAUCGACUACAAAACUCCGGAGGAGUUCUUCUUGGAACACAAGCCGAGAGAUUUCCAGCGUGACUUUGACUUGGCCAAUUAUCCCUACGACCAGGAUGCGCCAUCACAGACACCAGCCGUGUUUGAGAAGAAGAACGACCGAGAUAUCGUGCUGUUCUGUGGACCUCCUGGAGCCGGCAAGAGCACAUUCUACUGGAGCUACCUCAAGCCUCUCGGGUACGAAAGGAUAAACCAGGAUACGCUCAAAAGCCGAGACAAGUGUCUGCAGGUUGCCAAGGAUAUGCUGGCCCGAGGAGAGUCCAUAGCAAUAGACAACACCAACGCCGAUCCAGACACGCGUGCCGUGUGGGUGGAGGCGGCAAACAGGGCCAAGGUGCCGAUACGGUGCGUGUGGUUUCGGACGCCGCUGUAUCUGUGCGAGCACAACGAUGCGGUCCGCGCCCACAAUGCGGCGCUGAAUCCGGAAUCGAGACAGGUACUUCCAAAGCUGGCCUUCACCGGCUUCGCGUCUCGUUACCGGGAGCCGAAGAUCAAGGAAGGCUUCCAGGAUAUCACCGAGGUCGACUUCAGGUUUCGGGGAAGCCGUGACGACUACAAGAUAUGGGGCCGAUAUUGGACAUGA